GUUAAUUGUCCCCUGCCAAUUCUGUUGUAACAGAAUGUUGGGUGUUGUGAAAUCGCGGGACCUUCAGUCAUCAAGACGAUGCAGAAUGUUUCAGCAAAAAUCUGAAUUCACUAACUCUGUAGUAAUCCUGGGGAUAAUUUUUUACCAGAUAUACACAGUAAGCUCAGGAGGUCAAUAUAAUCUUACUAUACGGCUAAAUCCAAUUUUGCAAGCGAUCGUUAAAGGAGAAAAUAUAACCGUCGAAUGCAGUAUCGCGCCUUCUUGUUCAGAUGGGUGGUUUUAUUUACACAAAACCGGCCGAAACAACUAUGAAGAUAAGAGCCGAGCAUUUGACGGACAAUGUACGGUCUCCUUUGAAAUUCCAAGGAACUUAAGCGAAAAUUACACUUGUGGUUAUGUUGCACGUCAAUCUGGAGGGUGGACAAGACUGCGCAGUGACCCGAUAUUUGUUCUCGUAACAGACCGUCCGAAGACACCGGAGAUUGAUUUGAACAAUCAAUAUGAAAAAUUCGUCACAGGAGAGACUGUGGAGAUAACCUGCAAAUUAAGCGUGAACUAUUCAUGUAGUUCUAUGCACUUACUUAGAAACGGCGAAUUAUUAUUCAACCAGACAACCGUAACCAGCUACCAUUACCGGUCCUGCUCUUUUCAGAUUAUUGCAAAUGCUACGGGUUAUUAUUCCUGUCGAUGCGCUUUAUAUGUAUCAGGAGAAUGGCUUCUAUCAGAGCCGAGUGAUUCACUUAAUAUAACUGUUAUUAAUCAACCCACGAAGCCAAUCAUCGCACGAAAUCAAACUGAAAAGGUACUUAUUAAAGGCGAGUUGUUGCAGUUGACAUGCGCCGUUGAUUUUCAGGCCAACAGUACAACUUAUCAUUGGUACAACAGCAGCCAUGAAAUUCAUCUUAUCAAAUCUGAUGUUACAAAUGACCGCCACCUUGCCACUUUCCAAAUUGCGCCAGAUAGAACGGAUUAUUACACCUGCGUCUCCGGAAUAUACGUUUCUGGACAGUGGCGAUUCUCAGAGGAAAGCGAGCGGGUCAACGUCACAAUACUCGAUCACCCAAGACAACCGGAAAUCAGUGUGAAUUUCACCGGAAAUGCGUUUAUCCAAGGGGAAAUUGUCCGUGUAACCUGCAAGUCUGCAUAUCCACACAGAGUUCACAAGUUUCUUCUGUACGAGAGCAGACAUGGCAGAUUGCUGGGGAACAUGAACAUUGACAUCGGGCUCAACCUGGCUACCAUUGAUCUCUUACCCAAUGAGACAGAGAUCUACUUCUGCGCCUACCAAGUUACGAUAUCAGGGCGUUUUGUAGAUUCGAAAAAUAGUACACGUUUGCAAGUCCAUGUGAUAAAGCCUCUGAUGAAGGCAGAGAUUUAUCUCAAACGGAAUUUCUCGAUAUACAUAGGAGGAGAAACGUUGUCGUUAGCUUGCAAAGCUCCAGAUCAGGAUACGAAUGGAACAUUCUAUGUGUACAAUGUGAAUAGCACUUUUCCAGCGGCAGCAGAUAGAAUCAUGAAAGGAUCAAAUUCGGUAACGUUUAAUAUAACAACUAUGAUGAAGUCGGGAGAAGAAUCCUACCAGUGCAUGUACAAAGCAAGUGUCGCAGGUCGAGUGAUUGAGUCUGAACGCAGCCGUCCUUUAUUCAUAACUGUAAAAGAACGUCCUCCAAAGCCGACAAUUGUGAUAGAAAGAGAAGGACCCCUGACAGAAGAGGGGCUAAACGUGACUCUAAACUGUACAGCUCCAGAUAUGUACGCUGCCAACGUUUUUCACUUAUACAUCAAUUCUGAAGGACAAACUCACGAAUACACAGAAGCGGAAGGGGGGCAUUCCGCUACAUUCACUUUAAUGGUACCUCCCUUAAAAAUGAGCGAAACAUACUAUACAUGUAAAUAUGAGGUGAAAGUUGCUGAACGAUCGAUAUAUUCGGACUUAAGUAAUCCACUGGCUUUGUCCACAUCAGGAAACGGUCAUUUCCCUUGGAAGAAAGCACAACACCACCUGUCUAUGCAGUGGUCGUCAAGAAACACCGCACGACUGAGCAAACUCUUCAACAUGAAUAUGACACAGUCGCACUUAGUGAAGUGGACGUUAGGUCGAAUGCGCUUUCGAUGAGGCAAACUUCUUUAUAUGCGUCCAUCAAAUAGUGUCUGUUUUUGUGGGGCAGCCGUGCGGAAAUUUCUGAAUUGGAACUUCGGCGGUGCAGAACUGAAGGGCAUGCAGCCAAUCGGAUGUCGUUGCUAAGCGCUGGUUCUUCGAGUCACAAGCAUGUGUACUGCAAGCGCUGCGUGGUUGUUACGAAACUCGAGGUUUGGUUGUGGAAUUCGGCGAUGAGAGCACUGUCCAAUUAACUUAUCAUCUAAAUUGUGACAUUGAAAUUUGUUACUUUAAUUUGUGACGCAGCUAGUUUUUGACGGCAAUUUAAGUGCAGACGUCCUUAAAACUUGCUUUUAUUUUAUACAGACAAUAUAUGAAUGCAUAUUGCAAGAACGUGUAUGCUCUCUUUC